GGCGCUCCCGGAAGUUGCCCUCACUGCCCGGGUAACGGGCCCCGCGGCGCCGUCGUGAUGGACCUGGAGGAGGCGAAAGAGUUCAAAGAAAGAUGCACUCAGUGUGCCGCUGUCUCUUGGGGUCUUACGGAUGAAGGCAAAUAUUACUGCACUUCUUGCCACAGCGUCACAGAAAAAUCAAAGGAAGUCAUCAACACUGGGGCUAUUCCUAAUACUAAAAUACAAGCCAUCAGCCGGGGACUUAAAAGAAAAAGAAAACUUGAGAAAGGCUGGGAUUGGUAUGUGUGCGAAGGUUUUCAGCACAUCCUUUAUCAACAAGCGGAAGCCUUAAAGACCCUCGGAAUAGGCCCCGAACUAAAGAAUGAAGUUUUACAUAAUUUUUGGAAGCGCUACCUUCAGAAGAGCAAGCAGGCCUAUUGUAAAAACCCAAUUUAUACCAGCAGAAGAAAGGCUACGGUAUUAGAAGACAACCCGAGUCAUUCAGACUGGGAUAGUGAGCCCGAGGGGCUGAGUGACUUCAGCUGCCUUUCUUUUGUUGAAAGUGGAACAGAUUCUCAGCCUGAUGGCCGUACUCAGAAGCCUUUCCCCAUCAGCAAAGCAUCACAAUCAGAAACGGCAUCCAUCUGUUCUGGCUCUCUGGAUGGAGUGGAAUAUUCGUUACGGAAGGAGAAGGGGAUCAUAAAGAUGACGGUACCAAGGACACUUGCCUUCUGCUACCUGUCACUGCUGUGGCAGAGAGAGACUCUUACCCUCUCAGAUCUCUUGAGAUUUGUUGAAGAGGGACAUAUUCCUUACAUAAAUGCUUUUCAGCAUUUUCCAGAAGAGAUGAAAUUAUAUGGGCGCGACAAAGGAAUCUUUGCUAUAGAGUCUUGGCCUACCUAUGAGGAUAUCUAUAAAAAGACGAUUGAAAUCGCCAAAUUCUUAGAUUUGCCACGUUUUCCAGACAUAACUGAAGACUGCUAUCUUCAUCCAAACAUCCUGUGUAUGAAAUACCUGAUGGAAGUCAAUCUCCCUGAUGAAAUGAAUGAUUUAACCUGCCAAGUGGUAAAAAUGACUGGAAUCGGAGAAGUGGAUUUUCUGACAUUUGAUCCCAUAGCUAAAAUGGCCAAAACUGUUAAAUAUGAUGUACAGGCUAUAGCUGUUAUUGUAGUAGUACUGAAACUGCUCUUUUUAUUGGAUGACAAUUUAGAAUGGUCUUUGUCUAAUAUUGCUGAGAAAUACAAUGAAAACAACAAAGAAGAUAAGCCAUGGUUUGAUUUCAGAAAAUGGUACCAAGUUAUGAAGAAAUCUAUUGAUGAGAAAAAACAAAAAUGGGACGAAGCCAGGGCAAAGUACCUGUGGAAAAGCGAGAAGCCACUCUACCACUCCUCCAGCGACAGAGCGGUGGUGUAUAAAAGAAGAGAAAUGGUGGUGGAUCUACAAAAACAGUUUAGCACAUUGGUUGAUUCAAAACCAACUGUUGAGAGAAAAAGGCCUUCAAGUUUUCAGUUCAACUGGGCUGAAGAAGACACUGCUGGAACCUGUUUCCAUGGGCAUAGCCUCCAGGGGGUCCUGAAGAAGAAAGGCCCUUCAUUGACCACCAAGAACUCACUCUACUGGCUGAGCACACAGAAAUUCUGUAGAAGCUAUUGUAAACAUGUGACGACCUAUGAAGAAUCAAAUUUUUCUCUGAGUUAUCAGUUUAUAAUAAACCUCUUCUCCUUCCUGCUAAGAAUAAAGACCUCUUCUCUCCAUGAAGAAGUGAGCUUAAUUGAAAAGAGACUUUUUAAAACAAAAUACAGUAAAACGAAAAAGAAAUCUUCAAGAUCCAGGAAAGGGAGAAAAUGCUGAGAAAAAAGAAAUAGAAAGUCUCUUGGGAAAACAUUUUAAUAGUGAUAAUAAUGUCCAAUUAUAAUAGCCCAGAGAAUCAUGGAAAAUAGAAUUUUAUUACAUACACAUGCUUACAUAGAUGCACGUGUAGCAAAUGCGCUUAUAAAAAUGUGUGUUGGAAAACAAGUGAACUCUGUUUGAAUGUAUUUUUUAAAUUAUGAAGUUCCUUGAGAAAAUUAAAAUAAAUUU